CUUAGGGAGACUGCAGACCACAGCACCGCCCACAACGACCCUGCAUCAGGGUAGCACCAGGGAUCAAGGUCCCCUCUAGCACGCCUAAAGGCAGUGGGUUGAGGUAGCGGUACAGAGAUCCUGACCCGCCCAGCAUCUGGGCAGCCUGUGAGCAGCCAGCAAGAAAGAAGGCCGCGGCAGUGCCUAAAAGACCUCAUACUGGAAAUUUUCAUGGAGGCCAAAGGAUCUUCAGCCAAAAAAGAUGAUCUUAAUGAAACACAAGAAAGACAACAUGGAAGACGGAAAGCAAGACCUCCACACCGAUUUACAAAGGAUGAAUUACAGAUUCUGAAACAAGCAUUUGAAGAGAAUCCUUACCCUACUUUCACGACCAAGCAAGAACUUGCCAAGCAACUGCACUGCCAUUUGUAUGUCAUUCAGAAUUGGUUCCAAGAUAGAAGAUACAGACUACCACCUAGAGAGAAAAAGAGACUCUUUGCCAUCUGGAAACUAAAUGGAUUUUGUGUCAAAAGGUCUCAGCCCCUGGGGUCUGCAAAUAGCCAGGUACAAUCUGACAAUUCUUCCAUGAAUCAGACUUCCUUGCAUGACCAGGAGACCCUACCAUAUAGAGCUGGCUACUCUUCACUGGAAACCCAGAUGAUUCCCAGUGGUCAUGUUGGCUCAGGUGACUCUUUGGUCACAGGCAUUAACAGGGAGCCAAGAUAUCCCCUGGAGUAUCAAGGUGCCCCAGCAAGUGGCCCUUCUUGCGCCUACACACCAUACUCUUUUAUUUAUCCUUACCCAUCUAUGCAGUGUUUUGAAAGUGCCAGGUAUGAGGCAAGGCAAAGCCAGAAUGCUCUGCCUUUUUUUCCCCAUUAUGCUUUCACUGGGCAGGAAACAGGUCAUCAACAAGAGAAGUACAAGGCCCCGGAUCAGUAUUCGGUAUUUCAAGGACAGCAGCCAAACAACUGGGGAUACCAUAUGCAGCAGCUGUCACAGCCUCAGUAUUACCAAGAGAAUUACCAGUUGCCAUUCCAGGGCCAAUUUUUCCCAUACCAGAAUCCAAGUGUGUUAGAGCAACAGGAGCCCAAUCUUCCAUCAGAGCAGCAAAGUAACGGAGGUGCCCUGAGCUCUCUGCUACAGCAGGCACCUGUGCAAAGAGCAGACAGGCCUCCACAACUUCUUGGGCAAGGGAAGCAGCAAGUUCAUGCAGAGCAUUCCGGGUUUGAAAUCCAGCACUUUCAGAAUGGGGUUUUUCCAGAUGUCCACUUCUGAGCCCCUAAGUGUGGCUCCAGGAGAUGGAAGUCCUGAGAAACAGUUGUAGAUAACCCUGUCUCCACACAGGGAAAGGAAGAGAAAGGUCUUCUCCUUUGGAGACACUCUCAUUGUUCUUUACAUGAACCCUUCCAGGCUGACUAAUACACAGAGCCUGUAAAUGUGUAUGAAACAGUACUGAGUCUUAAGUCACUGAAUUGCGUAUGUAUGCCAUUACCACGAUGGUAAACAAUGGCACUUUUACUUCUAACAGUUGCAUUUAUUUUUAUUUAUUGUAUGGGUUAGAACGGCCAUAGGAUAUGGAAUCAAAACAGUGAGAGGACACUGCAGAGCCUGCAUUUCCUCAUGUCAAGUUCCUCUUAGCUUGUGUAUUAUCCAUAUCUGCCAAAGGAGCCCUUUGGUUUCUCUUUCAAGUUUUUAGUGCCCUCCAUUUGUAUAAUGGGUUUUAAAAUGCCUUCUAACUUGUACUGCAAGAAUUGCGAGUUUUGCUCUUUAAUGUUUUUGUAGUAAUUUAAAUAGAUUUUUCUUACAAUAAAUAAAUACUUUUUGGAAGUAGGUAUUGCACUCUAGGGAAUUCUACCUAUGUCAUAUUAACAGGGCCUUUUCAAAAUGAACCAUUUGUGUCUGAAUAAUCUUCUCAGGCUGCCUGUGAACUUAUCCUUUUCCCUCAGUUGCCGGAGUAGCUGGACCUACAGCCAUGCGCCUCCA